AACGCGGUACGAAGCAAUUGGAAAAAUGGUCGCGAUUUCUGGGAGUUCGCGUUUUGUAACAUCCCUCGUGUAAAACUGUGUCCCCGUGUUAUCUUUCGUCGCAGGCCGAGCCAUCGAUUUUAUCGCCCGACCUGUUGUUAGUGAUAAAAGCUUCCGAUACUCCAACAAGUGGUUGACGUCUGGGGGUCGCAUCUGCACCGGGCAGCGUCUUCCGGUAGUGAAACGGAAGUGAACGUGUCUGCGUGUGUGUGGUGGUGAACAAAUUUAACUAAUUUCCCUCCUACGGGGUGGGGGAGUAAAACGUGACUAAAGUGUGAUAUAUAGAAUCGAAGAGUGUCACGAUGACCGCGAAGGAUGCGACUCGUGCGCCCUCGUCCGGUGAUGUUGCACUUCCUGCGGGUGACGGUACGCGAGCAGAAGGUGGUGAUAAGAUAGUGCUUAAACGCAAGAUCACGCUAAUCAACGGUGUGGGCAUUAUCGUGGGGACGAUUAUCGGUUCCGGAAUCUUCAUCUCGCCGACGGGGGUAUUUGUGUUCACAAAGUCCGUCGGCUCGUCGUUGGUUAUCUGGACGCUGAGUGGAAUCCUGUCGACGCUGGGAGCCCUUUGCUACGCAGAGCUGGGCACGUGUAUCACACGCUCCGGCGGAGACUAUGCGUAUCUGCUGGUCGCCUUCGGACCACUUGUUGGAUUCUUGCGCCUGUGGAUGGCACUGCUUAUCAUUCGUCCUACUACGCAGGCUAUCGUGGCACUCACCUUCGCUCAGUACGCGGUGCGUCCGUUUUUCGAAGAUUGUGCCCCUCCGGAAAAUGCAGUCCGAUUGCUGGCUGCCGUUUGUCUGUGCUUCCUGACGGCCAUCAACUGUAUAUCGACCAAAUGGGCUAUGAAAAUUCAGGACGUUUUUACUAUCGCUAAGCUAACUGCGCUGGUGUCCAUCAUUCUGGCCGGGAUGUACUUUAUGGCAACGGAUUCGCUGGACAACUUUUACAACCCAUGGGAGGGUGAUUACACGCUUUCUAGCUUGGCGUACGCAUUUUACUCGGGGUUGUUCGCAUUCGGUGGCUGGAACUAUUUGAACUUUGUAACGGAAGAGUUGGAAAACCCCUACAAGAACCUUCCCCGUGCGAUCUGGAUUGCGAUGCCCAUGGUAACCGGAAUCUACGUGUUUGUGAACAUGGCAUACUUUGCGGUUGUAUCGCGGCAGGAGAUGCUCGCCUCGAUUGCAGUCGCUGUCUCGUUUGGUAAUCGAAUGUUUGGGUCCGCUGCCUGGUUGAUCCCGAUCUUCGUAGCACUCAGCACGUUCGGAGGUGUGAACGGAAUCCUGUUCACAUCGGCGCGACUCUUCUCGACUGGCGCCCAGGAGGGUCACUUACCGGCCUGGUUUUCGCUGGUGCAUGUCGACCGUCAAACACCGAUACCGGCCCUGAUCUUCACAUGCAUAACCUCCAUCAUAAUGCUGCUGUCGGCCAACGUGUUCGUGUUGAUCAACUAUUUCAGCCAAAUCCUGUGGCUCUCGGUAGCCGCCAGCAUCGCCGGUCUACUUUGGUUGCGGAUUUCCAAACCCAACAUGCCGCGACCGAUCCGAGUCAAUCUGGUACUUCCUGUAACGUUUCUCGUCUGCUGCUUGGGUCUGGUGCUCCUGCCUUCGUUUUCCGAACCGUUCAAUCUACUCGUUGGGCUCGGCAUUACCCUCUCCGGUGUGCCGGUGUACUACGUGUGCAUUGUGUGGCGUAGCAAUGCAAAAUCGAAAAACUUUCUCAUGCAUUGGAUCGAGCGUGGUUGCCAGAUCCUGUUCAACGCAGCUUUCGUCGACUGCCAUCAUGAUCGUAAGAGGGAGCACGAGUUUUCGGAAAUGCAGACGAGCAUCGAAGACAAAAGUGUUAGUCAUUAAGGUUGAAGGCUUAAGGUAAUUGUUGUAAUCGAACAAAGAACCAACCAGAAAUGGUCAUUUGAAGAUCCUGAGGUACGUUUGAGUUGAUAGGCCAUUGUUUCGUACGGCGAAUCUCUACAGAUUGAUUUAUAGUGCUUUACUCGUGGACAUCACUGUUUUCCUAGUGCGCAGGAGUAUAUUUCUGGAAGAAUUUAUGAUAGGUUACGCAUGGCAACGAUACUUACACUUGAGCGGCCAAGAGCAAACGUGAAAUAACACGUGCCAGCUAUACAGAUGUUAGGAGGGAUUCUCGAUGCAUGUUGUUUUUAAUGACUUUAAAGAGCGAAUGCUACUUAUGUACGUGCAUUAUACUGAACCAACACGAUAGCUAACACCGGUGACGUUGGGCUAAACCGUUGCCGGUGUUACGUGAACUUCUUGCUUAUAUAUCAUAGUACUUAUUGAUCUAUGUGCGUGUAAGAUUUAUCACAAAUAAACAACAUAAAAAGUAU